GGCAGCUCUCCAAGGCCCCAUGUACCCCAUACUAUUUCUUUAGGCACUAUUUUGCUCCUUUAACAAAUAUUUCUGUCUGAACUCAGGCCGGUCCUGCUCUGCACUCUUGUAGAAGCAGCACCGGACCCUCUGCCAAGCAGUGGGUGUGGAUCAGGACAAAAAGCAAGCGUCCCCAAGCAUCCUUGGGUGUGGUGUCACCAGCGCAGGCUUGCCUAAUCAUCUACAAUGGAAACUUGCUGUUGAAAGCCUUAUGACAGAUAGUUAAAAGGCUUGUCUGAGGGUGGCGGCACCUACAGCCACAAGGUGCAGUUGAGAAGUGCCACUCACUCGCUUUGUCGUUCCUCAGGAGUCGGCCAGCAGCCCUGCCCAGUGCUCAGCCAUGAUAAGGAGAGGCUUCCCGGUGGCAGCGAGACUCAGCCACCACAGGGUCCUUUCUGGUGUACCCCACGUCCUGCCCAGACUCACCUCUGCCUCUGCGUUUGGAUCCUCCACGGAGUCCCUGGUCUCAAGAUUCUGUGUCGAGAAGACAGAUUUGAAGGAUUAUGUCCUUCCCAAUGCCAGCUGGUUUCCAGACAUGCUGAGCAUGUACCAGGAAUUUCUGGAAAAGACCAAGGCUGAUGGCUGGCUCAAACUGCCCUCCUUCAAGUCCAACAGAGACCACAUCCAGGGGCUCAAGAUACCAUCUGGGUUUGCAGUUUCCUCAGGUACUUCCUCAGACCAAGGUGACUGGCGCAUCUUCAUCAGAUGCAUCCAAGCGGAAGGACAAGGCUACGAAUAUGUCAUCUUUUUCCACCCAACCAAGAAGAAAUCCGUCUGUCUUUUCCAACCAGGCCCCUAUCUGGAGGGGUCUCCAGGGUGUGCCCAUGGAGGGUCCCUGGCAGCCAUGAUGGAUGAGACCUUUUCUAAAACUGCCUACCUGGCUGGAGAGGGACUGUUCACACUAAGCCUCAAUGUCAGGUUCAAAAACUUUAUCCCCGUGGGCUCCCUGGCUGUGCUGAAUGUUGACGUGGAAAAGAUUGAGGACCAGAAGAUUUACAUGUCCUGCGUCACCUGGAGCAGGGACAAGCAGACAGUUUAUGCCAAGUCCUCAGGUGUUUUCCUGCAGCUGCCGCUGGAAGAGGACUCGUCCCCGUAAGAGUCACCAUGUCUUCUGGAGGGCCUAUUGCUGACUGCCCUGCCUGCCUGGGACCCACCACAGAGGAGGGAGGGGUCCCCAGGAAGUGACUGGUGAAGUGAGAGGGAGGACACUUCCCUCUGAGUAAGUAAAGUCUCACAAUCACGUUCGCAGCCCAAGACCCUUCUGUAGUUGGAAAUCAAAAUCCUUCCAGGGCCUCCCACACACCCACCUUCCCAUUCAGCACCAAUGGAAGAGACUGACUGAGCACCAGGACCAGGUGCUGGGUGAGGCCCCAAGCACACUGUGACGAAAGACAGGGUCCCUGGCCUCAAGAUGCACAACUGCAGGCCAGGAGCAGAGUGCCCAGGGUACCCAUCAGCUCCCCUACUUCACCCUGACUCCUAUUGUGGGUACAGUGAAGACACAAAGGGAGGAGGGGUCAAUUUUUCUCUAUGAAAGCAACCAGUCUAGAAAGACUUUCUAGAAGAAGCUGUGCUUGAACUGAGACUUAAAAGUUAAGUGGUGUUCACCAGGCAGGCAGGAGAGGGGAGCAUUCUCUGGGCAGAGGGAGCAGUAAGAACAACGGGGUGAAAGAGCACAGUGACUUUAUAGACCAGCAGGUAUUGAGUGGGGCAGGAAUUCAGAGAAAGGGAAGGUGGGCUGAGGCAGGAGCAGACUAUGGAUGGCUUCAGAAACCCUGCUGGGGAGCUUGAACUCUGCUUGUAGGCAACAGAAACCUUGAAAGGGUUUGGGCUGGGGAGUGACAUAAAGUUUUAUUUUUUAGAAAGUUUACUAUGAUGGAAGUAAGAGGUCAGCAAGACUCAAGGUGGGAGUACUGGUUAGGAGACCCCUGCAGGGUUCCAAACUAGAGACAAUAAGGGCCUGACAUAGGUCAGAGCUGUGAAGACAAGAGCUAUGGGAAAUGGGCAAUCAAGGGAGUGCUGGACGUUGCCACUAACUGUGUAUAGUAGAUCUGUGAAGGGAGACUUCAAGGAUGACACUAUUUCUGACUUGGGGAUUCCAGGUGGCACCACUGGGAAUGCAGUGGAGCAGGUUUGAGGUGAGGGGUAGAUAAUGAGCUCAUUUCACAUGCAUUGAGCUUGAGCUUGAAGUGCCCAUGGAACUUCUACCACAUGGCAAUUGUUAGCAGGAACCUGAAUAUUGUGAUUUGAAGCUCAAGAUUGAUGAACCACUGACCCAGUUUGUAAGUCAUCAAUAUAAAAACUGACAUGGAACCCCUGGGAGUGGAUUAUGCAGAGUGAAAGCGAGGAAGAGGCAAGGAGAGUGACAGUGAAGGGACGGGAGAGAAAGAAGAACAGGGAAAGGGGUCAAAGAUAGAAACUUCAGUCACUCUAAGGCUUAAAGUUGGGGUAGAGAUCCAAAGACCACUAAGGAGACUGAGAACAGGACAGGACAGACCAUCCUUAGGCGGGCAAGGUCAGUGUCAAAUGCUGAAGAGAAGGCAGGAUAGAUGAGAACUAAAAAGAGGCCUUUGGAUUUGACAGUGAGGAAGGUGGUGUUCUCCUUUGCCAGGAACAAAAUCCAGAUUACGGUGGAUGAAAAAAUGAAUGGGAAUGACAAAGUGAAUCUAGAUAAUUCUUUCUAGGAAUUUCAUUGUUGUUAUUGUUAUUUAAAGAAUGAGGUUUGAGUAUAUUCACGAAUUUCUUUGGAAGGAGCCAGUGGAGAGAGCCUGAAACUCUAGGAGAAAGAGAAGUGUCAUCCAGCUGAACAGGUAUCUGGCCUUAGAGAUGGAUCAAGAGCACCAGUGGAGACAGGAGUCACAGGAGAGAAUCAACAUGACUCUGAGGCCAAAAGGAAGGAGGUGAGGGGUGCAGAGCAGGAUGGGAAGUUGAGGAGAUUCACACCAGCAUGCCUAGAAUUCCUCAGUGAAAUAGGAGGCAAGGCCAUUAGUGGGGAAAGAGGUCUGGAGGAAGGGCAAUGAUUUGGAUAAGCCACUGUGGGGAUCAGGAAAACAAAUUGAUCAAGUAUAUGUGGACCGAGGCAGGCAGAAGGCCCAGCUGCUGGUGGAAAACCCAUAUUUGGAGUGGCACCAAUGCGAGGUAAGAGGAGGGUAUGAGCCAGCUGGCAAGACCCAGGUUGAUGGUGGAUAAGGCAGAUAAGGACAGGUAAAGCAGGAAAGAGAGCGAAAUGGCUGGUGCUCAUUUCUAAGGAGGAAAGGUUUGACAUAAGGGAGAAGAACACAGAUGGAAGGAGGCAAUGGCAAUCCAGAAGUCUGUACCUCCUCUGAGCCUGUGGAAGAGAGGGGUAGGAAACUGAGCAGCUUCCACAGAGACAGGCAGGAUUCCAUCAAGGCCAGUAGGUGGAGAGGAUGUUCAGGAAGAGGUCAAGGAUCAGAGAAGUUUUACCAAAGAAUGAGAGCUCCAAGGGACAUAACAUAAAGAAUUUUAUUAUUAGGUAUGGUAAAGCCAAAUGCUGAAAUAGAUAAACCUUUACAUCUCCGUAGCUUAACCCAUAUCUCAAAUAGAAUGUACUUCUCAUUCACAUAAAGUCCAGUUGCUGGUGUCUAGGAGUCAUUCAGGAAUCUGGCUAACAAAUGCUCUGCCAUCUUCAACACAUGACUUCCAAAGUCAUCCUGGGUAUUGACACCCAGUUGCCAGAUAAGAGAAGACAGAAUCACAAGGGAGGUGUUUGAGGGCCAAGCCUCAAAGUGUUGCUGUUGGCCAGAACUCAGUUACAAGGCCCCACCAAACUGUGAGGGAGGUUGGUUGGAAAAUAUGGUCUAACUAUAUGCUGUAGAAGAAAGGGAAAUGGGUUUGGUGAGUAGCUAGCAGCUACUGCCUCAGUUUGAGAGGAGGACCGGCAGAGGAAAGAAGAGUCUAUGUCCAAACCCUUAUCCUGGCAAGUGAAGAAUUCGAGUUCAGGCCUAAGAUGAGGUUCCAGGAUCUAGGGCUGGGGCUGGGGAUUCAGGGGGUCAGAGAGGAUGAAACUCUUUAUGGAGUGGAACAGGGUCAAAGAGUUGUGCACAAGUUCAGCAGUGUUGGGGAAGUAGGUGGAUCAGGUUCUCUUUCCAAUAACUAGACCACACACUUCCUAAGCCAUCAAUCUUGAAUGAUGGGCAAAGGACUGGUUUUUGAUUUGAAGGGUCCUGACCCAGUGCUCUCCAAAAGCUGGAGAAAUACUGGAGGCCAUUGCCAGAAAUCUUGUGGCAAUGUCCCCUCCCCCAUAUACUCAGAAAAACACUUUCUCCUUUUGUGCUUUCACAAUUGCCCUUGAUAAUCUGUUAAACCCAGAGUCUAAAUCAUUGGAUACCAAAAACCUAUUGUCCUUUAUUUAUGGUGAAGAGGAGCCUAAUCUUCAUUUAAACACUCCCAAGAGAAGAAGGGAAAUAUAUUCCAUCCUUCCUAUGCAGUCAAGAAAAGGAAAAAAAAACCAAAACACUUGUACUUGAGUUUCCAUAUUAAAAUAGGUCAAAUGCAUCCUUGCACUGCUCUGCUGGGGCCAGUUUCAAACAGAAACAGGCACAAGCUGGAAAUCUACAGAGGUGGGAGGCUCUCAGGCAAGGCCCCAUGGCCAGCCUGGGAGAGUCAGCCUUGACUGGACAAGGCCAGGCGGGCAGGCAGGGAUCUUGGUAAGGGAAACAUCAUCAGCUGCUUGAACACUUCUCUAGUGUCUAGGGCUUUGAAAGAUGCUUCCCCUCUUCCAAAAGACCAAGUAUUACAGCUUUCUGGACAGAAACAAGAGGAGUUGCUCCCUCUACACUUUAAAAACCCACUCCCAUGUGUAGUGCAUUCAUCUGGAGUGCAUCUACUGCCAAGGUAGAUGAGGUGGCAUCCUAGGCCAUCCAGGCAAAUGUGGCAGCUUAUUCUGCUUGAAGCAGAGUAUAUAUGUUCUACAGAUGCCUAAUUCAAGUGCCAAGAGAAACCAAAGAGUAAAUAAGGCAAUUAUAAGAACAACCAUUUCAAGAAGGCAGAGGACAUCCGUAGCUCAUAUCAGCUCUUAGAGAAGGGACACUAAAGGCCUUCUCGGAACUGAGACUGCAGAGCUAGGUCACUCAUCACAGGUCCUGGGUGAGGAGCCAGAGCUGCAAGGCACAGUAUAUCACCAACCGCAUCGCUUGCCAGAACCCACAGUGAGCACUGGUGGCCAAGUCAUGCAGUCUGAAGCCUAGCAUUCAAAGCCACAGGACAGACGGCUUAGCAAGAACGAAAAGUCCAAAGAGUCUUGUAGCAGUUGCCCUGAGGAAAGGCCUAUUCAUCUGGCUCAAGCCCAAGAAAGCACUCUGUACUCCCAGUCCCCUAAGUGUCCUUCUACAAUGCCAUCAGCAAAGCAAAGGAGGUCAGAGCCCUGGCUCACCUGUGA